AGCUGCGCCGCGCUCGGUCUCAGCGCUUCCUUAGGGGACGGCCCCCUCCGGCCGUGCCUUCCUCCCCCGAAAGCAGCGCCGUGACCCAUGUUUCGCCGUCGGGACAGCGAUGGAUGGGGCUGGAUGGGACACGGGGAGCGAUCUGCCGUGCUCUGACAUCGUUUAGAGGCUUUGAUUUUCAGUUCUUUUACAGCAGUGGUGCGGAUUGGUUCCGGUUGCCUCCUCUCUUUGUUGUCCAGCAUCUCUCAGCAUCGCUAUUGCUUUUCAGACCGGCUCUUAUCAACUUCCAGUUCAGUUUAAAUUGUGUCUGUCCCCCUUCUGAAGUGACUGCCUUUGUACUUUUAGGGCUGCAACUGUAAGUUCUGCAGUUGCUGAUGGAGCAGCCGUUGAGUUACUGGCAACAGACAGCGCUUCAGUGUUAAGAAGUGGAACUAAGCUUUUCUUAGUAUUGCUUCGUGGUUUAAGUUGUGUGUGCGUUUGCUUGAAUCGCCUUGCAGGUCUGAAUGCGUGUGUGUAAGGAAGGAAUUGUCACUUUCCAUUUGCUUUCUGGAUGGAUUCAGUUUGCACCCACUUGUAGCCCUUGGUAAAGGAGCGUGCUCGUCGGUUUCUUGGCAGGAAAUCUCCCAGUCGUCGCAGGUAGCACAGGGGGUGCCUGGAGCUGGGAGAUGAGGGUGCUGGGCUGAGAGCUCCGGCUCACCCGGGACAGGGAAGAGACCAGGAGGGCUCGGAGGCCCGAGUUUAAGAACCAGAAAAGGUUUGGAGCGUGCGCUCUGCUGCUUUUAAUUUUAGAAAAGCUGCGUCUGUAAGGAAUUUCCUGAGGUUUGAAGAGAUAAUUAAUUUGAGAAUUGUGCGGCACGGGUGAAAUAUUGAAAGGUCUCUUCUGAUUUUACGUAGCUUUACAUCUGGCAAGGACGGGGUUCAAGGACAGAGAUCUUUAGCUGUGAAGCCUGGAAUGCGGCGGAUGGAGUUGGCGCUGAAUUUUUAACGCGCACACUUGUUGGCUUGGGGACGUGCCGGCUGCCAUCGGGUCCUGUAAGUCCAGAAACACCCGAACUCUCCUAAGACACCACUUUGUCCCACCCGGCCCAAGCCCAGGUUGGGGUCCAGAGCGCUUGGGCAGUGCCUGGAGGUGUCACUGAAUGAUGAAGAAUGACUGCAGUGAAAAAUAGAGGAAUGUUUCCUACUCUCUGCGUUUCUCUUUCGCUCCAGCCACAGCAUCGCGGUUGACUGGGAGGUCUGGUGGGAUUAAAUAAAGCCGUGGUUUAAGGUGAACGUUGGUGGAUGCUCAAUGAAUGGGCUCAGCGGGGGCCAUUCCUCCUGCCAGCAUCGAUGCUUUGGCCCCAGAUCUUGGUAAUACUCUCUUCAAGAUGGCAUUUCGCGGAGGAGCGCGGGGCUUCCAGUUGCAACGCGAGGUGCGUUGUUUUCCUGGGCUAUAAAUAAAAAGCUAUAUUUGGAGAAAAACGAGUAGUGUCUUUAUGGGCGAAAUUGUAGGGAGGGAAAUGUGAUGGAAAAUUUGAGUCAGAUGAGCUGAUGUGUGAGGCAUUUCCCUGUGGGGUCAUUGGGCUGAAAAAUGUUUUCUGUGCCUAAAGUUGAACAGAUGCGCGUGUGCGCGGCCCCCGGUCUGAGAGCGGCCGUGCUCGCCGCGUGGCUGCGGUUGGUGCUCCAGCAGAACUGCUGUGCUCCGUGUUCUGGGGGUGUUCGGGUCAUCCCGCUUCGUACCGCGUGCCGGCAGCCCGUUAUUAGCAGGAUUUCUUCCAAGCUCUAAAUUAGGCCUGUGCUCCGGCGGCUCGCGGAGCCGGGAUUGAUGGCUUUGCACAGGAGUGAGGGAUUUCUCCCGAUUAGCUUUCUUAGAUGAAAAUCGCUGAAGUCGGCCAGCUCUCUGCCUAAAUAAGGGCACGGUACCAGCUUCCAGCUCUUACGGAUAUUAGUUCCACCUUUUUAGGUAGGCAUUUGUUAGGAGACAAUUAUGAUCGCAUGUGCUUGACCUUGUUUAAGAUAUUGCUGAGAUACGGAGAGAAGACAUCUGUUCUGGGCGAUCAGCAGCUUCUGCUGUUCUUUCCAAGUGUAAAUGUUGCAUUCUGUGGUGCUGCAGAGGUGGAUGAUGAUUGUUUCAUGAUUUUCCUUUACCGUGCUCCUCCCGGCCAUUAAUCUGCUUUCCCCAGAUGGUUUGAUUUGCCUUGCAGGUAGCUGUGCACACUGCUUCUUCUGCUGAAAUCCCAAAAGCCCUUCCAAAAGACGCAGUGUUGUUUGCACUUGGCUUUUCUGAUUGAGCCGUGCUAAUGGAGAGAUGUGAAACAGGUCUUUGUUUUGGUUUCAAACCCAAGGAUGGCCGCGGUGCGCUUCUGAAAGACGCGGCGUGUGCGGUGAUGAGCGGUGCUUGUGGCAAAGGGUGUGCGGGCUUUGUUCAUGGCGGUGCUCAGGAGAUCACUGAGCUCCAGCGAAGGUGGUUGAGCUCCAAUGAAGGUGGUUGAGCUCCAGUGAAGGUGGCUGAGCUCCAGCAAAAGUCUUUGAGCGCCAGCAGACAUUGUUGAGCUGCAGCCAAGGUCUCUGAGCUCCCACAAUGGAGGUUGAGCUCCAGCAGAGGUCUUUGAGCUCCAGUGAAGAGCAUGGAGCUCCGACAGAGGUCACAGAGCUCCAACAGAGAGCCCAGAGUGGUGAUUCCUUGUGCACGCAGAUGCUUUUCCUCCUUCCUCGAGGGUGUUUCUGACUCCUGGUAACCUGCUGAAGCCUCGCUCAGUGCACAGCUGCCAGUGGUGGUGCACGGUCCGGGGACGUGGGGUUGGCGGUUGGGUGGUAGGUGGUGUGCAUGGGGCUGGCUCCAUGGUAGGAUGCUUUCAACCGGGGUUAAAAAUAAAACAAUUAGAUUCUUACAUCUGAGAGGUAUGUGCCUUGCUGGUGUGCUGCCUUCUAUGCAGCGUCUACUCCUGAUUUUACUUAAAAAGUAAUGUGGUUUUCACACAAAUCAUUCUUUAGGUGGUUAACAAAUGACUCAGUUCUCGUUAAAGCAGACAUUCCUUAGCUGAGUUUCAAAUAGUUGAGCUAUUUUCAAUAGGAGAGGUAUUUUCAUAUUGGAAGCUGGUUCCCGGGAUAUUUUAAAGGAACUUUGAAGUGUUCAGGAAGAAGUACACGCUGGUUUUCCAUGUGGCAGUGGUCAUCUCUGGUCCCUGGCUCACUUGAAGCCUUCGCUCCCAUUGUACUCUGCAGUUGGAAUUCUGUGACACAGGCUGUGCUGUGACCUCUCUGCUCUGCAGGAAAUGACUCUUUACUCCCACUCUCUGCUGGUUAUCACUUGCCCAGUUGUUCCUCCCCGCGGGACAGUCCCAGUCCCAGGAUGGCCUUGUGGUUUCCUGGCAAGAAGCCUUUGAGAGACAGCAGCAAGUCUUGAGAAUGAAAGCAGUUUGCAUUGCCUGCUGUGUGCUGGAAGUCCCCAUACAGAAGCCUGGCUGACUUUCUCCUGGAAGAAGCAUUGCCCGCUGAUUCUGGCCUAUAUUUUCAUACGAUCUCAUUUUUCCUCUAUGAGUGUUGGGUUUGGAGACCUGGAAUUUGCCAGGCUUUGCUUUGGAACCUUUGUCUUGAAGAUUCCCUAGAGGAGUGAGGCUGUGCGUACUGUGAGUACAGACAUGAGGUUGUUGCUUUGUUUUUCCCAUGUGUCACUGUCCUCUCUUCUAGCAGCACCCAGCAGUCAGCCUGUUCCUGGUGGGGCUUUCUGGGCAUUUCUUGAGCCUGCUGUGGAGCGUCCAAAGCAGCAGAGGGAUGGUAGCGUAGGUGCAGGGAUGGCUUGGUAAGGAAUGCCCCAAAUCACACCAGGAAUUGCCUUGUUUUGUGGUCAGUCCCCGUUUAGUUGAGUGAAUGAGCUGUGGUCCAGCAUGUGCUGCUUAGCAUCCUUUGUGCUGGGAGUAUUUUGGAAAGCAGAACUUUGCUCGCCUGUCCACUAGGACAUGGUUGGGCCACUUGUGAGCUUCAGCUGGGAGAGGGAUGCAACGCAAGGAAAAAGUUUGUUCAGUGACUUAAUGAGGCAUGUGAAGACGUGCCCACCCUCCUCAAGUCCCGAAAGCCUGGAAAUAAGAAACUGGGGGAAGUUCAGCAUUGCUGCAUGGUUCUAUCAGUAGAAGCCAAGGUGCUUGUUCCCAUCUGUCCUAAUCUGGUGCUGGGUGAAUGAGGUGUACCCACCCAUCGUCUCCAGCCCGGCUCAGUGCGAGCCGUCUGACUUACAGGAGCAGACAGCACUGCUCUCUUUGGGCUUCUCUCUUUUUUCCUGAAAUGGCCGUGAGAGUGAUAUUUGGGUCAGCUGCCUCCAGCGUGUCACUUUCUUUUGACACUCAUGGCUGUGAGCGUGCAGGAGGAGCGCGGUGGGGAAGCGCUGCAGUGGGAUUGGGAGUCGUUAAAGGAGUACUGUGGUUUUCCACAUCACUCACGGGGAGACCUCUCCAAUGCCUGCCCGAAGGUGUUUUCCUUCUGAUCUUAGCACUGUGCUCCAGGGCUUGGUGUGGAAUUCCCCGUCCAUCCUCAGGUCUGCUUUCAGGCAUGGGGACAUCAGUUGGACACCGUGCUGCGAUGCGUGUCCCGAGCGUGCCUCGCUGGGCGCUCACCCAGCACAGAAUGGAAAGGGUCAGUGUACUGCUCUCCUGUGUAUUUCAAGUCCCUAUAACACAUCCCCCUGCCGUUACAUUCAUUGUUACAGGAAAAAUAGUUUUGCUGCUUGAGUCCCAGCCUCCUCUGUGUGGCACCCAGCAAUGGGACGGUACCCAGCGGGCACAGACUGGAGCACAGCAAACUGUGUUCUACCCACUUAAAGAUAAGAGUGUGGUCAGAUGUUGGAACGGGUUGCCCUGAGAGCUUGUGGAUUCUCCAUCCUCGGAGGAAACCCAGCUGGAUGGGAUCCUGCCGACCUGCACUGGUUGGGAGCAGUGGGCUGGAUCUGCCUGCUUGGUCCCUGCCAGCGCUGGGGGUUUGGUGACUGUGCUUGGUGGCUCCUCUGUGCCCCAGAAAUGGAGCCGUGGGGGAUGUCUGCGUUUGUAGCCAGAGCUUGGGAGCCUGCCCUGGAACUUUUUCGGAGUAGUAGGCUGAAACUGGGAGUUAGGAUUUGUACUGUAAACUGCCAGCUGGCAAAAUGUUGUACGUUUUUGGGGGUAAUGCACAUUGAUACAAGGACAAGUGGGGGUUAAGCAUCUUUAUAAAUAAAGUAGUUGAAUGGGUGGUUCUGCUGCCUGGGUGCUGGACUCGUUGAGUGUUUGGCACGCUCAUCCCAGGAGUGUUUUGGAGGGUGGUAAUGCUUUGUGUCCUGCGCUGAGGGGCAUGUGUUGCCCCAUCGUGAGGUGUCCAGGUGGGAGCACCUGCUGGAGAGCACUCCUUGGUAUUUGGAAGAUGAGUGCUGAGUGUUUCUGAUCUUGGAAUCAUUAAGGUUGGAAAAGGCCUCUCAGACUGUCACCACCAACCGUAAUCCUCUUGCAGAAACCCCAUGGAAUCCACACUGAGCGGAAUAAAGGGAACCAGGAGCUCGGUCAGGAACAUUUUGUGGCCCUGAAUCCAUGCUGAGACCAUACUCACCCGACGGGUUUGUCAUUGGUGUUGGCAGGAAUGGUCAUUUUGAGGAGACGCCGCUGAUCUUCGGGUGUCAUAAGGCUGUGCUGUUUGCUGGCAGUCCGAGAGUGGGGUGUUGGUUACACACUCAGCCUUGAACCCUCAGGUUUGGCUGUUUUUUCUUGCAGGACUUGAGGUCUAAAUUCAAUCAUUUUGCACAAAGGCAUUGCCCUUUUCAUACCCAACCCUGUUAGUCAUGUAGAGGCAGAGGGGCAGCUCACGUGGCAAGCUGUGGUCCCAGGCUGGGGGUAUGCUGUGUCUCGUUGCCCCCAGGACCCACUGUUUCAUCGCACUGGCUGUCAGAUAACACCCUGUGAAAUCUGCUGACCAGCUUGUUUUCUCCAUUAUUACAUUCCACAUCAUCGGAGUGCCAGCAUCACCUGGGGCUUGCUGCUGGAGUUCCUUGUUAUCUCAGGUCUGUAGGAUCCCCAAGCCCCUUGAGAUGGCGUGGACCCGACAGCUCACCUCCACCGCCCUGGAAAUGCCGCAUCCCGGAGCUCCCCGUUGCUGUAGGUGAAGUAAACGCCAGUGUGGCCAGCACAACACAUCUCCCAGUUCCAUUUGAGUUGUGUCACUGCGGGGGAGCGAUGCUAAAAUUGUCACUUGGCUUUCCAUGCUGGCAUUACCUAGAGGGCUCUCGGAGGCUCUCGGGGGUUCGACUCUUAUCCGCGAGUUCCAGCUCAUCUUUAGGCUGAAUGCUUGGGUGGGUACAUGCGUGUUGGUUUUCCAAAAGAUGCCUGUUUGACAUCUUUAUUUUUUUGACAGCACAAGAAUCUUAUUAUUUCUGCACCUCUCCUUUGGUGCUGUUCCGUUCCGCCCAGGAUCUGCGGUUCCAUCAUCGAGGCGCCGUGCUGGUGAUGGGUUUGGCCAUCGCAUUCUUCCUUUUUGAGUAGUAAAAAUCGGGUGAAUGUAAAUGAGAUUUGAAUGAAUAAUGCUAGUUAUGCAUUCAUCCUAAUUCAAAUCCUAUCUUAAUUAGCCCGGGGGCCUGAUUUGACUUUCAUGCAACAUUGAAACCACUUUGGAUUAUCACCGGAAUUGCCAUGCAUUUAUUCUUGAUUUUUUUUUUUUCCGAUCGGCGCACAUAAAAACAAAACAAAAGAAAUAUAUCACUAAUAAAUUAAUCAGAUUUAAUUAGAGUGACACGGAAGGAUACAUUUUUAGGGGAAAAAAUGCUGUAAAUACAUUCCCUGUACCAAUUGCUUCUGCACCGAGUGUGGGACUGAGCUCAUGACAAAGACACAGAGUGAAAGUCUCUCUCAGACGCGCUUUCUGCCGUGACUUAAACGAGCUGAAAUUGCUGACAUUUUGCCUUUUUCAGAUGUGUGUCAGCGUCCAUAGACUUCUCCUUCAAACGAUGGAAGAUUAUUGAGUUAAAUAUUUCCAUAACGACAGAUCUGGGAGGCACUCAGUGGACGCUGGGUGAAGGGUGCUGCCGUGUGUCUGGUCCUGCAGCACAUGUGUGAAGGCAGAACUGCUCUCUAGCUCACGAAACUGAAGGGUACUACCACGUAAAAUGCCAAAAUUCCGCUUAUGACUUUCUGCUUUCCUUCUAAUUAGAUUGGGCUGAAUGUUUCCAGUAGGACAACGGGUUAAUGAGAGGUCGUUUCAUCGAGCCUAAAGAUUUCCUUACAGACAGAAGGUGCUGCUGGUGUAUUUUCCCAUAUUUGUAUCCGCAGCUUUCCUCUGGACUGGGGCUAAAUAUAGAAUAAAUGACGUUUUCUUGUCAGAGGGAAGCAGAGCUGCUCAGCAGCUUCAAGUCUGAGCAGUGAGAGCUUCCUCAUCAACACACGCCGUUAACACGCAGCUGAUAAGCCUUGCACAUGCGAAGGCUGUGGUUAAUCUGAAUGUCAAGUCUGCCUUGUCAGUGCCUGUAGGUGAGCUGUGAUGCUGCUCAUUUGUAUAAUCGCUGGAAGUCAGGAUGGGAAAUGAUCUUUGUCCUGAAGUGAGUUCAAGGAGGGGCUCACAGCUCCGCGCGUGUUCCUGCUCCGUUUCUCCCUAUGUUCCCCAGCGAAACCAGUGGAACUCUCCGAUCUCUUUCAGGCGUCUUCCCCUUUCUUCAGAUGGAUUUGGGGCUGAUACGUUCACCCCCUGACAUUCCUGCAACUUCUGAAGGAUGCACACAACGGCACUGCAUGCUGUCUUGCUAACAAGGAGGGGACCUCCCAAAAGCCUGCAAAGGAGACGUAGGUCUUCAAGCAAGUCCUGGCAGCUCGAGCUUCCCGACAGCAGAUAAAAUAAUUUGACCACCAUGAGUUGGAGCUUUCUGACCCGUCUCUUAGAGGAGAUCCACAACCACUCCACCUUCGUUGGCAAAAUCUGGCUGUCGGUGCUGAUCGUGUUUCGGAUCGUCCUGACUGCUGUGGGAGGCGAAUCCAUUUAUUACGAUGAGCAAAGCAAGUUUGUGUGCAACACGGAGCAGCCCGGCUGUGAGAACGUUUGUUACGACGCUUUUGCUCCUCUUUCUCACGUGAGGUUUUGGGUGUUCCAGAUCAUUCUCGUCGCCACUCCGUCCGUGAUGUAUUUGGGCUACGCAAUCCAUAAGAUUGCCCGGAUGGUGGAGCACAGCGACGUUGACAGAAGGUUCAGAAGCAAAAGCUUUUCGACGCGCUGGAAACAGCACCGCGGCUUAGAGGAGGCCGAGGAUGACCACGAGGAAGACCCGAUGAUGUACCCAGAAAUAGAACUGGAAAGCGAGCGGGAGAACAAGGAGCAGCAGCCCCCCGCCAAAGCCAAGCACGACGGGCGGCGGCGGAUCCGCGAGGACGGGCUGAUGAGGAUCUACGUGCUGCAGCUGCUGGUGAGGGCGACGUUCGAGAUCGGCUUUCUGAUCGGUCAGUACCUUUUGUACGGUUUUGAGGUCAGCCCCGUGUUUGUGUGCAGCAGGAAGCCCUGCCCCCAUAAGAUAGAUUGCUUCAUUUCAAGGCCGACGGAAAAGACCAUUUUCCUGCUCAUAAUGUACGGGGUGAGCUGUAUGUGUUUGCUUUUGAAUGUGUGGGAGAUGCUCCAUUUAGGGUUUGGCACGAUCCGGGACACGUUAAACAACAAGAGGAAAGAGCUGGAGGACUCUGGUACCUACAACUACCCCUUCACUUGGAACACCCCCUCUGCUCCUCCCGGCUAUAACAUCGCGGUCAAACCUGAUCAGAUGCAAUACACCGAACUGUCCAACGCCAAGAUGGCCUACAAGCAGAACAAAGCCAACAUCGCUCAGGAACAGCAGUACGGCAGCAACGAGGAGAACAUCCCCGCCGACCUGGAAACCCUGCAGAGGGAAAUCAAAGUGGCUCAGGAACGCCUGGACAUGGCGAUCCAGGCGUACAACAACCAAAACAACCCCAGCAGCAGCUCCAGAGAGAAGAAGUCCAAAGCGGGCUCCAACAAAAGCAGCGCCAGCAGCAAAUCGGGGGACGGGAAGAACUCUGUCUGGAUUUAACGUUGGCUGAGUUUAUGUGUUGUCUUUUUCUCAUAACCAGCAGUCCAUUGAGUAAUGGCUUCCAUUAAGUAAAUAUUUGGUUCUGCUUAUUUUCAGGGAUACCAUUGGCUAGUGAUUCCAGCUCUAAGAAAGUGUUUAUACGGAUACUGUAGGACUGUAGAACUUUAUUCUUCUGCCUUCCAAGCCAGGAGACAACUAGGUAUAUUUAAAUCAUUCUCAUUGAACGGUUUAUGCUGUAUGUACAGUAUUAUCGUACAUUUAUUAUGCACAAUUUUUUGUAUUUGUACACUGGAUCUCCGAAGUUACCCUUUUUUUUAUAUGAACGAGGAGAAAACCGUAGGUAGCCGUUAGCAUUUUGCUAGUUUUAUUACUGUGGUUCGUCGUCGUUUUCUGUUUGUUUUCAAUGUCAAAACUUUCUAUGCUGCAUUUGAGAAGUGCCUUGAACACGCAGCACCGAGGAGUCCGGUUAUCCACUCCCUUAGAGCAGGGAAAGGUUCGGAAAACGUCUGCUGAUGGUGCUCUUGACUGUAUCUUUUAUAAAAAUGAUGUGCUACUUACAAAUGGAAGCGUCACACGACCGCUAUUAUGUGCUACAUUUCUUCAUCCGAUGGAAAACGACUCAUAAUUCCACAUCUUUACAUAUUUAAGAGGUUUCUGAGGUCUCUCGUUGCAUAACACCCUGCUCCAAAUGUCCCAUAGCUGCCUAUAUGGAGGCCACCACCUGCCUGUCGCACCCAGAUGUCCCCAUGUCCCUUGUCCCCUGGAGUCAUUGGGAUGCUCAUUCCCCUGGUCCCAUUUGUUCUCCUUGCCUCAUGUCCCUCUUGUCACCUGGUUCCUGUCCCAUGGGGUCAUGGGGAUACUCAUUCCCCUGGUCCCUUUUGUCCCCCUUGUCCCCUUGUCCCCUGUCCCAUGAAGUCAUGGGGAUACUCAUUCCCCUUGUCCCAUUUGUCCCUCAUGUCCUCUGAUCCCUUGUCCCAUGGGGUCAUUGGGGUGCUUGUCCCCCUGGUCCCAUCUGUCCUCCUUGCCCUGUGUCCCCCUUCUCACUUGGUUCCUGUCCCAUGGGAUCAUGGGGAUACUCAUUCCCCUGGUCCCAUUUGUCCCCCCUUGUCCCCGUGUUCCCUUGUCCCCUGGUGCUGUUUGUUCCCUGGGGUCAUUGGGAUGCUCAUUCUUCUGGUCCCUUUAGUACUCCUUGCCCCAUGUUCCCCUUGUUCCCUGUCCUAUGAGGUCAUGGGGAUACUCGUUCCCCUGGUCCCAUUUGUCCCCUUGUCCCCUGGUCCCUUGUCCCAUGGGGUAUUUGAGAUGCUCAUUUGCUGGUCCCAUUUGUCCCCGUGUCCCCUUGUCCCCUGGUCCUUGUCCCAUGGUGUGAUUGGAAUGCUUGUUCCCCGUGUCCCCUUAGCCCCCGUGUCCCCUUGUCCCCUGGUCCCUUGUUGUGUUUUUUCAUCCUAUAGAAACCGACUCGUAAUUCCACAUAUUUACAUAUUUAAGAUGUUUUUGAGCUCUCUCGUUGCAUAACACCCCGCUCCCUGGGGCAUCGAGUUGUUCCAGUACCUUUUGGGGAAGAUUUCUGUGUUUCCGAAGUAAUCUGCUUGGAUGGAGUCAUGGUCAUUCUGCUCUCCGUGCAUCACGUCCCAGCAAUAGCCCUGCUCCCCCCGGCCCUGCGCACACACACACUGUCUGUACAGGUUUUUAUGAAACCCUUCUGAAUAUAAACAAUAAUGCCUUAUCCCCGACCCCUCUUCCUUCUGUCACGUCCGAGGAGCCGAGUUCAGACGGAGCAAUAUAUACAUGAUUUAAUUUCUGCUUGAGAGACCGGUCAGAUCCGUGGCAUUCUGCAGUUUUGGCAUUCAACUUGAAUUUAUAAUUAGAAAAAAAAAAAAAGGGGGGGGGGGGGAAUGAGGUAUUUGCUGCCCCUGGCAGUGUCUUUUUGGCGAGGACGAGCAUUCACAUUUGAGGGACGCUGAGAAACGUCUGUGUUUUUUUGUUGCUCUGUGUAACGCGUUCGGGGCUUUGCUCUGUUCCUCUGUUCCUGUGGCACUUGGAGUCGUGCAUAGCGUGCACCUUCCCUUGGAAGCGGAGCGUUCUUCGUAGAGGACGCGCAUUGAAGCCCUCGGUGUUGAUGUCUGUGGCUGUAGUCGGUUUCAAGGCAUUGGGUUUGGUCUGGUUUCUUUCUCCUUCCGAAGAAAUGAUAAUGCAUUACUUGAAAAUGCUCUCUCGCUUUGGCUUGAUGCAGGCCAUCCUGAAAUAAACACUCAGAACAGAUUUUGGACCAAAAAAAAAAAAAAAAAAAAAAAAAAAGAACGUAUCUUGAGUUUGUGUUAUCCUCUGGUUUUGGAACAAAGUGUCUAUUAAAUGCAGUGGGUUGCAGAAAA